UCCUUGAGAGAUGAAAAUUAAUAUCUUCAGAGUGCAAGCAGUUGCUUCAACACACGCUUACCUGGAAACUGGUAAUAUAUAUCCCCUGUACUCUGUUUAAUGACAAACAUUCCCCCUAAUUGAACACCAUCAAAAGUAUAUUAUAGCCCAACCACAGUGCCUAUAGAAUAGAGAACAUGAGAAUUUGGAAUUUAGAUCCAAACCUUUAGUCUACCAAUGGUUAACCACGCUACAAGUUACACAAACCAUACUAUUGUAUACGUGGAGCUCCUGCUAUGGCGCUUCUACAGUGUAUUCUUCCACUACUUCGGCCUGAUGCGACACCAAUACGAUCGAUCACAGAACAAGGUGACAUUGACCUACUAUAGUGUCACCAUUGCCAAUAUGGUGGGUCUCUUUUUGGUUUGUGUACUGUGUAGAGACCUGCCCAUCAACGGGAUGCAGUUGGGGUUCGUUAUUUCAUUGCUAUUGCAACCCCGUUCGGUGUUUGAAAAACGGAUCAGGCUAAUUAACAAGAUCUUACGGAUAUCUCCGCAUUUAUUUUAUCGUUACGAUCGAAAGUUUCAUAUCAACGGCACCCUUCCCUUCACUUCUUUCAUUAAAUUCACUUACCUUGAUGAGAUGAUGAGCGGAGAGGAUAAUUCUAAAAUUUUUAUUUUAAUCGGAGGUAAAAUUUUGACUUCCAAGGUUUCGAAUUACAUCAUUUACAUAAGUUGCAUGCUUAUGAGCUCUACCAUUUCCCUGAUAUUUAAAUACAUUGAAUUUGUGAAUAAAGAAAUUGCUACCAUUGUAAAGAGACUGCCGGUAGCGAUCCUGCGAAUGGAGCACCGUGCGGUAAGCCGGAUGAAACGGCGACUGAUCCUUAUGCAGAACCUGAAGAAAAUGUGUUCCCAAAUCAUCGAAAUGAUAUUCGAAUGCCUGGGUAGCCAGUUGCUAUUCCUGAUGUACUUCAACGUAAGCUUCCUAUUUACGUUACAAUUCAAAUAUCAAAGGGCUAUCGUUAUAAAUAUUAUCUGCGGAAUGUCUCUUCAUACAUUUCUGAGGUCUCUCGGCCAGUUGAUAACGAUGUAUGGCACUAAUAUCGUAAAUAACCAAGUGACGCCCAUGUACGACUUUGACGAAUUCCGGUCUAAUCAUAACUGGAUGCAGAAGACGUUCUCUACGUGGAGGACCGAGGAUUGGUCAGAGCUUAUCAACCAGGACUCAAUGCAUCAUUUGCUUAAGGCUCGCCUGAAAGUUCUCGGCUUGUUCGCUCCCAACGAACGACUCCUGUUCAAUAUCGUCUUCGCCUAUUGCACAAUUGCUUAUUUGAAAAUUAUGUGGGAACAGGCGGCGCUGAAGUCAGGAAAUAACAAAUUACCCUUUGAAAGUAAACUUAUAAUACAUCACUUCAUUGCCGCAUAAGAUAUGUAACUAUAUUUAAAUUUUUCAAUAAAAGAUUUUUGUAAUAUUCUUUACU